AGACAAAGAGAGAAGGCGAGAGAGAGAGAGAGAGAACUACAUUAUUGAAUAGUUUGACCUCACACACCCUCCUGAGGGUGGAAUGAAAGAGAGAGAGAGAGAGAGACAGAAAAGGAAACAGCGUGGAUAAAAGUUUAAAAAAAUGCGUCAUAGGAAAACUAAAGAAACAAAGGAGAAAGAAAGAAAAGAUUUGAGUUAAUUGUAACAAAGAUAAGAUACAAAACAUAAACGAAGGAAGGACCGAAUAGAUAAACAACGGGAGAGAGAGGGGGACUUAAACGAGACAUUUAUUUUGUGUAAAUGGAAACGAAGCGAUAUGGGUUUAUAUGUCAGGUGGUGGUGUUCUUGUCAGGCAUUUUACUCAUCGAAGCUGAUAUAUAUCUCCAUAACCCCAGUGGUUCCAACAACCGAUUGGCUGAAUCAAAUGUUGGGAGGAAUAAUGCCAACAGAUUAUUUGAUUCCCAGAACAACAAUAAAGGUGGUUACAACUCUCGAAGACUCUACUAUUACACAGGUUCAAAACUGAUGAUAGAAUGGACUAAACAGCACUCAUGCCAGCAUCCCAACAACAAUUGUGAACUGGUCCUUCAAUAUAUGUGCCAUGACCUCAUCAGGGAUGGAACAAAUGUAAAAACAAUACCGACCGAUACUAAGCAGUGCAAAGGGGCAGACUGUGAUCGCGAUUUUCAAUAUGGCAUGCAUGAGAAUUACACAUAUUACCUAACAUGUGCCAAAAGAGAAAGAAAUAAAGGCUUGUUUGUUGCUGACCAAAAACUCAAAAAAGAUACAGCAAUUUAUACCCGACAAAAUCCAGCUGCCACUCGACGAGGCUAUGAAUGCCCAGAAGAGAGAGAUUAUUACCCCUACUGGCAUCCAUCUCCUUGGAUUGACAUUGCCGUAAUGACAAACAAUGUUAGUCGGUGCAGUUACUACACACAAAACAGUCAGAAUGUGAAGUCUAAAUGGAGCUGUAAGGUACCUUUUAAUGUCUUGCAACAGAAGAACUUUGUUAUCCCAAAUAAUAAAGAAGAAUGUGAGAAACUAAAAUCCAAGACAAACGAAAAGAUUGGUGUGUGGACAGAAUAUCCAGCCCAUGCUGUAGCUGCCCCUAUAUGUAGAGAGGCUCAGUUUAGCUGGGAUAAUUAUUUAGGCAAUGGUCUUAAUGGUAAAUCCAAUGUCUUCAACUGGACCAUUCCUGAGACCCCUGGUGAACACUGUAUUCUAAGAAUAAGGUACAACAUUUCGACAACAGACUAUGAUUGGUGGGCAGAUCACACUUUAAAUCCAGACAAAAAAGGGGAGCCUUCAAAAGUCAAUCUUUCAAAAGAGUACUCUCUUAAUGGUAAAGCUGUAGAACGAGGGUAUGUCUUUAAACAAAAUCCAGUUGUGAAAAUCUUUGAAGGUCUCAAUUUUGAUUUGAGAUUGGCCAUUGAUACAUCCCAGUUUGGUCGGGUAUUUCAAGACAGGUCUCACACUUUCUCGAUCAAGAAACGUCCCCAAGAUUUGAAAGAUGCUGUCAUCCACAAUCUGAAUGUAAGAGGAAAGAGAGGAAAUAUUGUUCAAGUUUAUCCAGCUGUGGAAUACGACUUUGUACCAAACUUGUUGAACAUAGCAACUGGAGACUAUAUCCACUUUCAAUGGAAUGGUUCCAAUACAAACAACAAAAAGUUUGAAGGAAAUGGAAAGGCAGGAACCGAUCGUAACAAUGUUGUGAUGUUGGCAGAAAGCAAUUUUUCAGAGAUGUCAAUAAAUGUACCUUAUAAACCUUUGUUAUUUGGUCAUUAUGGCACCAACUAUCCAACCAAAAUUACAAAUUCUUCAUUUUUGGGGCUUUCUGAAGAUGACAUUACCAAACUGGCCCAUCUUGGUAACAAAAAUGGAAAUGAUCCUCUUUUAAACAAGGCUGGUACCUACUUUGAUCUUGGUCCUCGCAAGAUAACCAAGCAAGGAAAAUACCACUACAUGUGUACAAGGAAUAACGACUUUUCUAACCGGGAUCAGAAAGGGAAAAUUGUUGUCAGUGAUUUCCCUGUUGUUUACAAAAUGGUUGGUUUGCAAGGUGGUACAAUUGCAAUUAAAAGUAAAGCAGCAUUGUAUAUUCCUCCUAACACUUUGGGUGAACUACUGAGCUUACAGAUGACAAGUUGGCGAACUGAUGAAGGAAAUUAUUGGCUGAAAGAAAAAGGGAAGAAACUUCCGAUUGUGGAGGGAUUUGCCAGUGACUUCAUACUUCUGUUACCAGUGGAAAAUUUUGCUGCUGAAAACACUGUCCAUUUGAGUAUUAAUCUUACUGAUAGUGAUUCUGACAUUAUCAGCGUGUAUCGAACAGGUGAAAAGAAAUAUGGAGUUUGGCAGAGAAUUGUCACAGAAAUUGAAAAUGGUGUCGCUCAUUCACAUAUCAAACAAGGUGGAGUUUAUAUUGCCGUUAAGGAAAAAAGCUUAGAUACCAUAACUAAUGUAAUUAUCAUAGUUAUAAUGUUUAUUAUAGCUUUAAUAGCUGUUCUAGUUUAUUUUUAUUACAAGAAAAGUCAUCCAUGGCUUUAUACAAAGAAUGCGUAAUAUUAAAAUCACCAGCUGUGUAUCAUAUUAAAUGCAUAGAAACUAUUAAAAGACACAAAACUGGAUUUGUUUGAGAUGAAAAUGUCUUUACACAUUUGUAUUACAACCACAAUAUUUGUCAAAAUGAGAUGAACAAUGACACUGGAAGGAUUCAUGAGAAUGACAGAUGCAUUUCACUUUUGUUGCGGCUUGUCAGUACCAUGCAUUUAGUUUUUAAGUGUAUCUCUACAGAUUCUCAUAAUUUCAUUUAAUGUCCAUUUUCCAUGCUGGCAUGGCUGGAAUGGUUUGACCAGAGCUGGCCAGCUGCUCCAAGAUGCAGUCCGAUUUGGCUUGGUUUCGCUAUUUCCUAUCAAUAUAUAGGAAAUUGUGAAAAGUACAUUCGCUGAUAUUGCAAAAGCCUUGCUGGGCUGUAGAAAAACUUGGGGAUCUAUUUUAAAACGGGGGCCACAUUUUUCAUUAAUGUUUUACGUAGUGUUUUUGGUAGCGAAAGACUUUCAAACUUCGUAUACUUAUCUAUUUUGUGUUAUAGAACAGAAAAAUAUUUUUGUAUUCGAAUUCAUGUAAAAAAUUGUCUUAUUUCGAUAAUUUCAACCAAUCACUGACAAGUAUUCAGUUGUUUACAUUUACUCCUUUGGCUGAUUAAGCGAUGUAAAGCGUAUUUAAUCUCCAUACCUUCGUUUUAUUUGCUUUUUUCAUUUUAAAUUUGCUUUAACCCUAACCCUAACCCUAACCCUAGGGUUAGGGUUAGGGUUAGAGUUAGGGUUAAUUGUUUCAGAAUCGUUUGUUUAUGUAGUCGGCACUUAAUGUAUAUCGGCUGAAUGGACGUCAGUGAUUGGUUGAAAUUACAGAAAUACGACAACUUUCACAUGGAAUAACUUAUGGAUUUCUUUUUUUUUUAAGAAGACUAAGAGAAAAAAGAUGUUUUAUAUGACACAUUCUACCAGUGUUCCAAGUUUCAAAGUGUUUUGUUAAUGAAAAAUGUGGCCCCCGUUUUAAAAAAGAUUCAAACUUGGUAUAUGCAAUUGAAAAAGUAUGCAAUGAAAAUCGCCAUCUGUAUAUACACAGCAUUAACUUAUGCUGUACUAACGAAUGAUAUACUCAAUUUGCUGUAUAUCAAAGCAUGAAUUUGUUUUGGCAAGAAGUGAUAAGUUGAGUGCAAGGCAUAAACAAGCCUGAACAAAAGUGAAACAGGUCUGUCAUUCUUGUGAGUCAUCUUGUGUUCAUCUCAUUCCGAUAUAUAUAUAUAGGCACAAGCAUAGCUGUGUGGUAGCUUUUUUACCAACCACAUGGUUCCGGGUUCAGUCCCACAGCGUGGCACCUUGGGCAAGUGUCUUCUACUAUAGCCUUGGGCCAGCCAAAGCCUUGUGAGUGGAUUUGGUAAAUGCAAACUGAAAGAUGCCUGUCGUAUAUAUAUAUAUAUAUAUAUAUAUAUAUAUAUAUAUACCGGAGUAAGCACAUGAAAUGUGCAACAAGGUGGAAAAAAGAGUACUCAAAUACCAGAGGUAGAGUAAUAUGCUUUAUUUAAAAGCAGCAGAAAUAUAACAAAAAAACCGUUACUCUGAGUUUCACGUUCCCAAAGUAUAUAUAUAUAUAUAUAUAUAAAUAUAUAUAUAUAUAUAUGUAUGUGUGUGUAUAUGUUUGUGUGUCUGUUUGCCCCCGUCAACAUUGCUUGACAACCGAUGAUGGUGUGUUUACGGCAAAAGAGACUGAUAGAAUAAGUACUAGGCUAAGAAUAAGUCCUAGGGUCGAUUUGCUCGACUAAAGGCGGUGCUCCAGUAUGGCCACAGUCAAAUGACUGAAACAAGUAAAAGAAUAAAGAACAUACCUACACACACACACAUGUCAUGUUUUUAAUGAAGAGAUUUUUCAUCUCAGACAAUUCAGCAGUGUCAUGCCUUUUAAUGGUGUAUACUUUUAGUAUGAUAUACAAAAUGGUGAUGAUUUAAUGUAAGGAUACAAUUCAGGUUAAAAUCCCACCGGUGCCUUUCAUUCACCCCCACACCCACCCAUUCUCAAUGAAAUAACUGUCAGUGUUACAUUGAAACUUAAUUACCAUGACUACCUAUAUACACACCCUAACAAUUGUGUGCCCCCACCACCCCAGGGAAUGUUCUGUUGAGAAACGCAUGUUAUUAUCAGAUUGACUGCUUUUCUUGGUUUUAAUUAAGUAUAGCGAUAAUUUUAUCUAUUUUUUCAGCAUGAGGCACUUACUUUUUCAAUCUCUGUAUGUUGGACUGUUAAGUUAUGGAAUAGAAAGAAAGAUAUGUUCUCAAGUGUUACAAAAGUGAAGAUAGGAAUGAAAACAUGCACAGAAACGCAAACACACACACACACACACAAAUGCAUACACACUUACACACACAGACACACACGCACACACAAACACGUAAACACAAAUGCAAACACACAUACAUGCACACACACAAGCACAUGCUUACAAAUGUACAAUCAGACACACACGCACAUGAACAUUCAAACGCACGCACACACACACACACACGGAGAAACGCAAGUGUAGGACAGGCUUCCACGAAGUUUCCAUUUACCAAUUUCACUCACAAGGCACUGGUUUGUGUGAGGCUACACUUGUCUAAAAUGCCAAACAGUGGAUCUGAAACAUCUGGUUGCAAGGCAAACCUCUCAACCACACAAUCAUGCCUAUGUCUACCUUAACCAUGCAAAUGUACCUGCCCUUAUGUAUGGAACUUUACUAAUUAUAAUCUCCUUUAUGACAGAAAAUUAACGUUUCAGAAAUAUGAGUAUAAUCUAUUCUGUUGUGUCUGGGGAGAGUCAUUCUCUUUUAGUGUCUUAUAAUUUAACACACUCACUAGUUCAAUUUCCACUCAUUUACUUAUUUUAAAAAAAAUUUCGUUACGUCUUGCAACCUUUUCAAGAGUCAAUGAUACAACGUAAAUUUUAGAAGAAAUAAAUAAAUGGGUGGAAUCUUGAAAAGGUUGCGAGACACAGCGAAAAUUAUAGAAAAAAUAAAUAGGUAAAUGAGUGGAAAUUGAGCCGGUGAGUGUGUUAAGCAAUAAGACAUUAAAAGAGAACGACUCUCCCCAGACACAACAAAAUAUGCUUCAACACAUGAAUUCACAUAAAGAAUCUUGCAAUCCAAAUACAAAAACAAAGUAUAUUAUAUGUCAGCCAUAUAUAAUAAAAGUGUAUAGAAUACUCUGAAUAAUUGUGUGUAUAUGUUGCAUUGUAUAUAAUAACACAUAUUAUGCAUAUAAUGUUUUAAUAUUGUAUGAAUAAUGCGUUUGUGUAUAGUCCUGUAUGUAUUAUGCAUCAAACAAUGGUGUGUAUAUUAUGAUUAGUGUGUAAAAAUAUAUGUAUAAUGUAUAUAUAAAGUGCAUAUAUAAGGUGUAUAAAACUGUUGUUUUAAUGUUA